AUGAUCAAAGCUCUAGCAUUUUUCCUGCUCUUACUCCAACUAACCUCUUUCAGUGCAUUCGCUGAAGACCCUGUUGAUGCAUUGAAUGACAUAUUCGGUUUACUUGACCCUUUCAAUGCAUUUUCUAAAGAGUCUGAAACUCUUCACAAACCAUCACAUGCUCAUUCCCUUCACCACGAAUCUCUCGCACCUUCCCCUCACCAUCACCUUCACUCACCAUCACAUUCUCACAUCCCUCAUCACCAAUCACCUGCUCCCUCACGUCACCACCAUCAUCACUCGCCAUCACCCGCUCCCUCACGUCACCACCAAUCCCCUCCUCCUUCCUCCCACCACAAACCACAUGCUCCCUCCCCCCACCAACACUCACCAUCUCCCGCUCCCUCCCCUCACCACCAAUCUCUCGCUCCUUCUCCUCACCACCACCAUCACUCGCCAUCACCCUCUCCUUCCCCUCACCACCACAAUCGCUCACCAUCACCUUCUUCGUCCCCUCGCCACCAAUCUCCUGCUCCAUCCCCUCACCACCAAUCUCCCGCUCCCUCCCCUCGCCACCAAUCUACCAUUGUACCUGCAAAAUCCCCAAACCAUCACAACCCUCCCACUCACUCACCAUCGCCAUUGAGUCCCACUCCCGUUCCUAGAAGCGUCAUGGUUAUUCGAGGUGUUGUUUAUGUCAAAUCUUGCAAGUAUAGUGGUCUUGACACCCUCAAGGAAGCUAAACCGCUUCUUGGUGCUGUUGUGAAGCUCCAAUGCAACAACACCAAGUACAAGUUGGAUGAGACCGAUAAAGACGGCCACUUUUCUCUUGUAGGUCCAAAGAUCAUUACCAUUUAUACUGCUAAGCAAUGCAAUGUUGUUCUAGUCAGUGCACCACAUGGCCUAAAGCCCUCAAAACUCCAUGAUGGUAUCAGUGGUGCUAUUCUUCGACCAAAGAGACGAUUUGUAUCUAAAGGUGUUCCCUUCAUUCUCUUCGCCACUCAGCCACUUGCUUUUGAGCCCAACUGCCCCCGUUAA